UUUCAAAAACCGUGGCAAAACUAACAAAAAAAUAUAACCUUGCCUACAAUGUUGCAACCGUGGCUACAAUUUCGUGGGAAAAUGAGGCGGGUAAUACAAUUUCACUCCCUCCCUUUAUUUUCUUUCUUUCCCCCCAUUUAUUUUCCUAUUUUGGUUUUUAGUUUUCCUCUUUCCACAAAAUCUGUCCAAAAGUUCACUCCUUCACCCCAAUUCCAAAAAUCCACUACUUCACCCCAAUUCCAAAAAUUCGACUGCUUCGAAUAGUAGCAAAAAAAUGGUAGAAUCACUUCUUUCAGUUUUUCUUUGGUAACAGGAGUAGGAAGAAGAUUGAACGAGAUCUAAGCUAUGUCUGAUUGGAUGAGAAUAGCUGUAGCUUGUGCAUUUCCUUUCAUGAUCUUGGAUUAAGCUUAAUUUUGUUCGUACAUGGAAAAGAUGAAACUUCAUUCUACUUUGAUAUGUGUUGGAAAACCAGCUAACUGAUUGGGGAAGAAAAAACGAAAAAAACAAGUAAAGGCCAGCUAACUUGUUCUUAAUCUGCUUCUUCUCAACUGUUGUGGGGUGGUGUACGUGCUUAUGAUUCCUCAACUAAGGAAAUGUUUCAGUUGCGUGCUGCAUUGAUGUGGACCAUAAGUGAUUUUCCAGGUCUUGACAACUUGUCUGGGUGGAAUACACAUACAUCACUUGCUUGUCCAUCAUGUAAUUUUGAUACAGAAUCUAUGAGGCUAAAGUUUGGUAGAAAAAAUUACUUUAUGGGACAUCGUCGGUAUUUGCCACAUGAUCACAAGUAUAGAUACAAUAAGCAGUCAUUUAAUGGUUUUGAGGAGCAUAGACCUGCCCCUAUCCCACCAUCAGGUUCAACCAUGUUAAGGCAAAUUGAAGAGAGCCGGAAGAGGCCUCGUGAUGAUGCUACAAAUGAGGUUGGGCCAGAACAAUGGAAGAAAAAACGUAUCUUUUGGAAUUUACCUUAUUGGAAGAACAAUCUUAUUCGUCAUUGCCUUGACCUGAUGCAUGUAGAGAAGAAUGUUUGUGACAAUGUAUUGUUCACCAUACUUGGUGACAAAAAAAGAUCAAAAGACAAUUUGCAAGCUCGUAAAGACUUGCAAGCGAUGGGAAUUAGAGAAAAGCUUCAUCCAUAUCCUAAUUCUUCUAAGUUUCCUCCAUCAUGCUUUAACAUGAAGAAAGAGCAGAAAGAUAACUUCCUAAAAGUUUUAAAAAAUGUGGUUUUUCCAGAUAAUUAUGCAUCAAACAUUUCUAGAUGUGUUGAUCUUACGAAACGCAAGAUCUCUAAUUUAAAAAGCCAUGAUUCCCACAUUCUGAUGGAGCAUCUUUUACCAAUUGCUUUUCGAAAAUCUCUUCCUAAAGAAGUUACUUCAGUGUUGAUUGAGUUAUGUAACUACUUUAGAGAAGUAUCAAGCAAGGUUUUAGAUGUGAAGUAUAUAGAGAAGCUCCAACAACGAAUUUGGUUGAAUCAUUCCAAUAUGGAAAUGAUAUUCCCUCCAUCAUUUUUCACUAUUAUGGUUCAUCUGGUAAUUCAUCUUGGAGAGGAAGCAAUUCUUGCUGGUCCAGUACAAGGUCAUUAUAUGUACCCUGUUGAAAGGGAACUCGGCCACUUGCAAUCUUAUGUUCGUAACAAUUCCGCACCGGAAGGUUGUAUAGCUGAAGGGUACAUUAUGGAGGAAUGUCUCACUUUUUGUUCUAGAUAUUUGGAGGGUGAUAUUGAAACAAUGUUUAAUCGACCAAGGCGUAAUGAUGAUGACAACGAGAUCAAUGCUAGUAGUGAAUCAACUAUCUUGUCAAACUUGUUUCCUGCAUUAGGCAAACCUGUUGGUGCUACUAAAACUCUACCCAUACCUCCCUUGGAAAUCAUACAAGCUUACCGAUAUGUGCUAACCAAUUGUGAAAUAGUUGAUCCAUUUCGAGAGAAGUUUAGAAUUGAGGUCACUAGGAUGCAUCGUAGCAAAAAAAAACUAUGCAAAAGUUGUGGAGGAAUAUGUGCACAAACAUUUUCAUGAGUGGCUUAAGCGAUAUGUUGCAAGAAAGGAUGGUGCGGAUAUUACACCUGAAAUUGAAUGGCUUGCAAAUGGGCCAAAUAAUGUUGUGAGGAGAUUCAAGGAGUAUAACGUUCAUGGAUUUAAGUUUCGUACUGUGAGGAAGGAGCAAGGGUUGAGAACACAAAAUAGUGGUGUUGUUAUGUCUGCGGUUACUAAGAGAUUUUGAAGUGGCAGAGAAUCUAUUGAACAGUCAAGUGAUGAUAUGUACUAUGGUAAAUUGGUUGACAUCAUAGAGUUAAAUUAUUACGGUAAGUUAAAGGUUGUGUUAUUCAAAUGUAUUUGGGUAGACACUACACUUAACAAGGGAAUCAAGAUAGAUCAAUUUGGGAUAACAAGUGUAAUUUUUUCCCGUUUGAUACACACCGGUACAAAAGAAACAGAUGAACCAUAUAUACUUGCAACUGAUGCUAGAAUGGUUUACUAUGUUGAUGAUCCAAUUGAUGAAGGUUGGUGUUUUGUUUGUCAUAUGAAGCCUAGAGACAUAUAUGAUAUGGGAGAUGUGGAUUAUGUGGAUUUAGAGGAGCCACCAAUGGAGGACAUACCUUUUCAUGAGCAACAUUUGGAAAAUAUCGAAAACUUACAAUUAGUGCGGGAUGAUCGCUAUGAACAAGAACAAGAUGAACCAACUCAUGAUGAUUAUGAAAGUGGUAGUGAUGGAGAUGGUGAUGAUGGAUAUGGUGAAGGAAUGGUAGACUAGUUAAUACCCCUGUUAUGGAAUUGAAGACCUUUUAAGAUGCAUUUAAUAUCCCUACUUCUCCCGCAUUGCUAGUUAUGAAAGAUGCCAUGAUUGCUACUAUUCUGAAGAACUCUGAGAUCAAAGAUGGGCAGUAUAUAUUUUUCAUACCAAGUGUAGCAAACAACACUGGACUGCAAGUUGUGGACUUGACAAACCAUUUGCAAACUUUGAAGAUUUUUCCAUGUCUGAUAGUCAGAAAGAACAUGUGGCAUCCAUUGUGCAGUUUGUGCCUGGACUUGAGUCCUUGAGGCAGAAGCUUUGCCAUGAAAUAUCUGAUAGGCAAUUUUGGAUGAUCUAUUUCGUUUUAUUGCUUCCAAGGCUGAAUGGGAAUGACUUGGAGCUGUAUAUUAUGGUCAUUGUAUUAGUGAAUGCAGAUUAGUUAUGUAUUGGCACCAGAAAAAUAAUUGUAAUUUAAAAAAAAAAAAAAACUGUGAACAUUAGCCACGGUUGAACCGUGGCUAAGUAAUAUGAUAACAGUGCAUGUUUGCUACGGCUAAACCGUGGCUAAUUUAUAUGAUGUGAACAAAUUUCCUACGCCUUAGAUUAGCCACGGUUGUAGCAUGGGUAAUCUGAAAUUCCAAAAUAUAAUGCCUUUUUCUUGCA